AUGUGCCUGGCAAAAGCAGACGUGUUGUCCAGAGUUUUACAAAAGACAACAUGUGACGAGUCUGCGAGAAUGAAGCCUCGGGUGGAAAGGAACCGCUUGACCUUGUUUUGGGGUCUGAUGCUGGGUCUGUCGUCCUGCCUCUGGCCCGCCACAGCAGAGAUAUGUCAAGGCAUUGAUAUUGGCAACGAUAUCAGUGAAUUCAUCCGUCUGGAAAAUUGUACAGUUGUGGAGGGAUACCUGCAGAUUCUGUUGAUAGGAGACAAAAGUAACAGCACAAACCAGGAAGUCUUCCACACUCUUAGCUUCCCCAAGCUUACAAUGAUCACUGACUAUCUCCUGCUGUUCCGUGUGUCUGGCCUGGACAGCCUCAGCACACUCUUUCCUAACCUUUCUGUCAUCCGCGGCCGCACCCUCUUCUACAACUAUGCCCUGGUCAUCUUUGAAAUGACCAGUCUAAAGGAUAUUGGCCUCUUCAACUUGAGAAACAUCACUCGUGGCGCAAUUCGAAUUGAGAAGAACCCUGAGCUCUGCUACCUGGACUCAAUUGACUGGUCCCUCAUCAUGGAUGCAGAGUUCAACAAUUAUAUUGCAGGAAACAAACAGGCCAAAGAGUGCAGUGAUAUUUGUCCCGGCAUCAUGGAGAACCAACCCCAAUGCAAAAAGACAAUCUUCAACGAUAACUACAACUACCGCUGCUGGAAUUCAGAUCACUGCCAGAAAGAGUGUCCUGAGAAGUGUGGGAGACUAGCAUGCACAGCGUCCGGCCAGUGCUGCCACCCUCAGUGUCUGGGCAGCUGCACAGUGCCUGGAAGUGACCGGGCAUGUGCUGCAUGUGUGCAUUUUUACCAUGAAGGGCGCUGUGUCCCAGACUGCCCUCGAGGUACCUACAAGUAUGAGGGCUGGCGUUGCAUCAGUGCUGAGUACUGCUCUAAGGUCCAUCCUGCUGGAGACGACAGUUUUAUUAUCCAUGCCGGAGAGUGCAUGCCUGAAUGCCCAUCUGGGUACACUCGCACUACUCCCAACAGUAUGUCCUGUGCUGCGUGCGAUGGGCUGUGUGAUAAGGUGUGCGAUGGAAAUGUCAUCGACUCUUUGGAUGCGGCUCAGUCUCUCAAAGGCUGCACUGUUAUCAAAGGAAACCUGGAUAUCAAUAUCCGACGUGGACAUAAUAUAGUGGCAGAGUUGGAAAGUUUCACAGGGUCAAUCCAGAGAGUAACCGGUUAUGUACGAAUUCGAUAUUCCAACACUUUGAGUUCCCUGGCCUUCCUUCGCAGCCUGAAGAUCAUCGAUGGAGAAAUGCUUAUUGAAGAUAUAUAUGCAUUCUCCGCAAUUGAAAACCAGCAACUCCAAUACCUGUGGGACUGGAAGAAACACAACCUUACGAUAAAAAACGGAAUCCUGAACUUCAGAGGAAAUCCCAAACUUUGCAUGUCCGAAAUCCGCAAGAUGUGGAACAAAACGGGUAUUCAGGACCGCUUUGAUGAGAACGACUUCAGGAACAACGGCUACAGAGCGAGUUGUGAAAGCUAUACAUUGAGAUUUAAGUCAAACAGCACCAGAAGUACCAAAAUCAAACUUACUUGGCAACGUUACCGCCCUCCUAAGGACUACAGAGAUCUCAUUAGUUUUAUUGUUUACUACAAGGAAGCUCCCUAUCAGAAUAUAACUGAGUAUGAAGGACAGGACGGCUGUGGUUCAAACAGCUGGAAUAUGGUGGAUGUGGAGCUGCGUCAAGAUAAGGACUCCGAUCCUGGAGUGCUGCUCUCCAACCUGAAGCCCUGGACGCAGUAUGCCGUCUUCGUUAAAGCUAUUACACUCAUGGUGGAAGACAGACAGGGCCAAACUGCACCGAGCGCAAAAAGCAAAGUGGUCUACAUUCGCACAAGCCCAUCAGUGCCCUCCAUGCCCCAAGAUGUUCGAGCCUACUCAAACUCUUCCACACAGUUGGUUGUGAGAUGGUCACCACCUCUUUCACCAAAUGGAAAUCAAACCUACUACCUUGUCAGAUGGCAGCAACAAGCAGAGGAUCGUGAGCUUUAUCAGCAUAACUAUUGUUCUAAAGAGCUAAAAAUUCCAAUCAGGAUUGCUGCCAAAGGUUUAGGAGACCAAGAGGAAGAGACUAAGUUGGCCAAGCCAGAUAUUGAAGGGACUGAAAAAGGCCCAUGUUGCCCAUGUCCAAAGUCUGCAGAGGACCUAGAGGCAGAAGCUGCUGAUGCCUCAUACCGAAAGGUCUUUGAAAACUUCCUGCAUAAUUCAAUUUUUACACCAAGACCACCAGACCGCCGGCGCAGAGAUCUGUUUGGAAUCGCUAACUCUACUUACUCACACCGAAGCCGAGUCAAUGCCAACAGCAGCUCUACAACCCCUCUGCAGGGUGGUACUAAUGGCACAACCGUAGACCCUGAACCUGAGCUGGAGUUUGAGUUCAUGGAACAAUCAGUGACUGAGCGUGAGCUCCAGAUCUCGGGCCUGAGGCCCUUUACAGUUUACCGCAUUGACAUCCACGCUUGCAACCAUCAAGUCCAGCGAUGCAGUGCUGCUGAGUUUGUCUUCUCCAGGACAAAGCCUGCAGAAAAGGCAGAUGACAUCCCAGGACAGGUUUCCUGGGAAGGCCAUGAGGAUUCAGUGUUUUUAAGAUGGCCAAAACCAACUCAUCCGAAUGGACUUAUUCUUAUGUAUGAAAUCAAGUUCAAGCAGUCUUCUGAGACUGAGAAGCACGAAUGUGUCUCUGGGCGGAUGUUUCAAGCACAGCAGGGCUUUAAACUGUCCAAUCUCAGCCCAGGAAACUACUCCGUUCGAGUUCGAGCCACGUCAUUGGCAGGCAAUGGUUCCUGGACACAGAUGAUAGAUUUCUAUGUUGCUGAGCGGUACGAAAAUGUUAUCUACACUGUAAUCUUUGUUCCCAUUUCUGUGGUGCUCUUCAUCGGUCUUGUUGCUGCUUUGUUGGUGUUGCAAUACAAGAAAAGAAACAGUGACAGGCUGGGUAAUGGAGUUCUAUAUGCAUCAGUCAAUCCGGAAUACUUCAGUGCUGCAGAAAUGUAUGUACCUGAUGAAUGGGAGGUUCCCCGUGAAAAAAUCACUUUAAACAGAGAGCUUGGGCAAGGCUCAUUUGGCAUGGUGUAUGAAGGUUUAGCAAAAGGAGUGGUCAAGGAUGAGCCAGAGACACGUGUCGCUAUUAAAACAGUGAAUGAAUCAGCGAGUAUGAGGGAGAGAAUAGAGUUUCUCAAUGAGGCCUCUGUUAUGAAGGAGUUCAACUGUCAUCAUGUGGUUCGACUACUUGGUGUUGUAUCUCAAGGUCAGCCCACAUUGGUUAUCAUGGAACUAAUGACCAAAGGCGACCUUAAGAGCUACUUGCGUUCCCUUCGACCUAAAGAGCAGCAGUGGUCAAGCCUGUCGCUUCCCCCGUUAAAGAAGAUGCUUCAGAUGGCGGGGCAAAUUGCAGAUGGCAUGGCCUACUUGAAUGCCAACAAAUUUGUCCACAGAGACCUAGCUGCAAGGAAUUGCAUGGUGGCUGAGGACUUCGCUGUUAAGAUUGGAGACUUCGGAAUGACCAGGGAUAUUUAUGAGACGGACUACUAUCGCAAAGGCGGGAAGGGUUUGCUCCCCGUGCGCUGGAUGUCUCCAGAGUCCCUGAAGGAUGGAGUGUUUACCACAUACUCCGAUGUCUGGUCGUUUGGAGUGGUCUUGUGGGAGAUUGCUACUUUAGCCGAACAACCAUACCAAGGUCUGUCUAAUGAGCAGGUUCUUCGCUUUGUCAUGGAAGGAGGGCUGCUGGAGAAACCACAGAACUGCCCGGACAUGUUGUUUGAGCUGAUGAGGAUGUGUUGGCAGUACAACCCAAAGAUGCGCCCGUCAUUUGUGGAAAUUAUCAACAGUGUUAAGGACGAGCUGGAGCCAUCGUUUAAGGAGAACAGCUUCUUUUAUAGUGCUGACAACAAGCCUGCAGACACGUCACAAGAUCCCCUGGAAAACUUGGACGCUAUGGACCACAUAAACGAGGUACCUUUGGAGCCUACAUCUUCAAAAAAGUCCCUGCAGACUCCGGCCUGUCCACAGACUCCUCCAUCGCCCAGCUCACAGGCCCCAGCAGGACUGUCAUUAGCCAGUACCUCCCCCUCAUCUCCCACUACGUCCUCUGCCAUUGACAAGCAGAGCCCCAGUCAGCAGGCGGCCAAUGGAUUGUCGGGGGCAACCACAGGACUGGGCACGGGCGCUCAGCCGAUUAGGCCGUCCUUAGAUGAACUUCCGCCUUAUGCUCACAUGAAUGGAGGACGCAAAAAUGAACGUGCCAUGCCCCUCCCCCAGUCGUCUGCCUGCUGA